AUGGUGAACAAAGCGGAACCACAGCUAGUUAUAGUAGAGCUGCAUCUGUACAAAGUAAUACUAUUAGACCUAGUGGAAGUGGUCACAGUAAAACCAAAGCCCGCUACAGUUAUACGAGAAGUGAACAAAAUGAAACUAGUCGUGAAAGUAGUGGAACAACAAGUGGACACAGUGGAACCACACCUGGCAACAGUGAAUAUAGAAGAACUAGAGCUAGCUACAAUAGAACCACCCCUGAACAUAGUGAAGCCACAGCAGGCUAUAGUGGAACCUCAUGUGAACGCAACGGAGCCGUGA